AUGCGCGCCAUUCAAGUCACUGAAUAUGUCAAGGGCCCUGAAGAGCUCAAGAUCAGCACCCUGCCCGGCCCCGUCCCCAAGCCCAACGAGUACGUCAUUGCCAUUCAUGCCGCCGCUACAAAUUUCUUCGAUCUCCUCCAGAUCCGCGGAAAGUACCAAAACCAGCCGCCUUUUCCCUGGAUAUCAGGCUCUGAGUUCUCCGGUGUGGUCAUAAAAGCGCCCUCGUCCCUCCCCGGCGGCCGGACACCCAAGUUUAAGGUUGGGGACAAGGUGUUUGGGGCUAGUCAAGGCGGUUAUGCCACCCAGGUCGCCGCACCUGAAGACCGUCUACGACCAAUGCCCAAGGGCUGGAGCUUCUUCGACGCCGCGGGCGUCUUUGUGACCGGCCCUACUAGCUAUGCUGGGCUGGUCACGCGGGCAGGCAUUAAGAAGGGUCAGAGCUACCGAUUCCGUUCUAUGCGAAGUAUAACUAACAGACUCUCAGGAGAUUGGGUUCUUGUUCAUGCUGCUGCUGGAGGCGUGGGACUCGCUGCAGUGCAGAUUGCGAAGGCAUUUGGCGCUACUGUUAUUGCAACCGCAGGUUCCCAACAUAAGCUUGAUGUAGCGCGAUCGUUUGGCGCAGACCAUGCGAUCGACUACCGCCAAAGCGACUGGCCUGAGAAGGUCAAGAAGCUGACGCCUAAGGGUCGCGGUGUAGAUAUUGUCUACGAUCCUGUCGGGCUAAUUGCCCAAUCGAUGAAGUGUAUAGCCUGGAACGGCCGACUCCUCGUUAUUGGAUUUGCCGCUGGAGAUAUUGAGAAGAUGGCCACCAACAGAAUUCUGCUCAAGAAUGUGAGCGUCGUAGGGUUGCAUUGGGGCGCAUACUCGAUAAAUGAGCCAGAGGCGAUAGAAAAGGUGUGGGAGGGGCUAUACGAGUUGAUGGAGUCAGGAAAAUACAAAGGGACUUGCUUCACAGACAAGGAGUACGUAGGACUAGAGAGUGUUCCAGCAGCUCUGCAGGCGCUGGGUGGGCGGGAGAGUUGGGGCAAGGUGGUGGUGAAGAUACCUCAGGAGGGGCAGAGUGAUUUCGCUCGUCCGCCACUGGCUGCGCAGCGCCGAGCGCCGCGCGCCGUCCUCGAAGCCGACUGCCUCACUCGCACUGCCAGAUCUCUUCCCAACGCCAUCGCCAACAUGGCUUACGACGCCAACGGAUAUGAGGAUGAUGAGUACUUGGGGGAGGAGGAAGAUUCCGAUGUGAUAACGGCCGAGGACUGCUGGACCGUUAUAUCCUCUUUCUUCGAGCAAAAGGGUCUCGUUUCGCAGCAGCUGGACUCAUACGACGAAUUCACGCGCAACACCAUUCAGGAUAUCGUGAAGGAGAACGGCCAUGUCAUACUGGAUCAGAAUGCGCCCUACAGCGAAGACGAUGAUCCCAUCAUCAAGCGGCGAUAUGAGAUACACUUUGGCAAAGUUUCCUUGGCGCGGCCGACGCAUACCGAAGGGGAUGGUGUUACUAUGCCCAUGACUCCACACGAGGCCCGUUUGCGGAAUCUCACCUAUUCCGGGGCUUUGAUGGCCAAUAUCCAGCACAAGAAGAUGGUUGCCAGGGAACGACCCAUCGCGGCUAAUCCCAGCGGGGACGACAUGGACGUCGACAACAACGCAUCUGGUGGCACGGAAUUAUAUUGGGAAGAAGAGGACCCCAGCGACCAGCCACUCGACCUCGACGAUGAUGCAAAUCGCGUUUUCAUCGGCAAGCUACCCGUCAUGUUGCGCUCAGAGAUGUGCCAUUUGAGAAGCCAGUCGGACGAGAAGCUGUACCAGGAAAAGGAGUGUCCAUACGAUCAAGGAGGAUACUUCAUCAUCAACGGUUCGGAGAAGGUGUUGAUUGCUCAAGAGCGAAGUGCCGCGAAUAUCGUCCAGGUGUUCCGAAAGAAGCAAGGCCCCAUUCCCUGGACGGCUGAAAUCCGCAGCGCGGUUGAGAAAGGAUCUCGUCUUAUCUCUACCUUCAACAUCAAGUGGGCAGAGAACUCAAUGAUCGUCAAGCGACAGCCCGGUCCCUACGCCUACGCGACUCUUCCAUACAUCAAAGCAGAGGUCCCGAUUUCUGUUGUUUUCCGCGCGCUAGGCGUUGUGUCUGACGAAGAGAUACUGAAUCACAUUGUCUACGACAGGAAUGACACCCAAAUGCUCGAGCUGCUCAAGCCCAGCAUAGAGGAAGGCGCCAUGAUACAAGAUCGGGAGACUGCCUUGGAUUGGAUCGCGAAGCGUGGCGCCUCUACCGGUACUCGGGACAAGCGUCUAAAGUACGCGCGAGACAUUAUGCAGCGAGAAUUUCUGCCACAUAUUUCUCAAAAGGAAGGCCAGGACACGAGGAAAGCCUUCUUUCUUGGUUACAUGAUUCACCGUCUGCUCCAGUGCGUUCUUGGUCGGCGUGAUGAAGACGAUCGGGACCAUUUCGGAAAGAAGCGUUUGGAUCUCGCAGGUCCACUCAUUGCCAAUCUUUUCCGGCAACUAUUCCUUCGACUGACCAAGGAUAUCUACAAGUACCUCCAGAAAUGCGUUGAACACGGCCAGGAGUUCAGCAUUGCACUAGCGGUCAAAGCCAGCAUCAUCACAAAUGGGCUCAAGUACUCCCUAGCGACUGGUAAUUGGGGCGAUCAGAAAAAGGCUGCGUCGUCCAAAGCUGGUGUUUCACAGGUUCUUAACCGUUACACGUAUGCGUCGACAUUAUCUCAUUUACGACGGACCAACACACCGGUUGGCCGUGAUGGGAAGCUCGCAAAACCGCGCCAAUUACACAACACCCACUGGGGAUUGGUGUGUCCGGCAGAAACUCCGGAAGGACAGGCCUGUGGGUUGGUGAAAAACCUCUCACUGAUGUGCUACGUCUCCGUGGGUAGCGAGAGCACGCCGAUUACAGACUUCAUGACUCAACGCAACAUGGAGCUGCUCGAGGAAUACGAUCCCACCGUAAACCCAAACGCAACUAAAAUCUUCGUUAAUGGGGUGUGGGUCGGUGUUCAUACACAGCCAUCUCAGCUCGUAAACGUCGUACAAGAACUACGGAGAAGUGGUGUCCUUUCAUACGAAAUGAGUCUUGUUCGAGACAUCCGCGAUCGGGAGUUCAAGAUCUUCACCGAUGCGGGCCGAGUUAUGCGCCCUCUGUUCGUUGUUGAGAACAGUCCGAGAAAACCCAAUCGCGGAAUGUUGGUGUUGAACAAAUCCCAUGUCGAAAAGCUCCACGACGACAAGCUUGUAGACACUAGAGGCAUGAGCGACGAAGAGAAGGCUGAAGUUACGUUCGGCUGGAGAGGCCUCCUGCACAGUGGUGUAGUCGAGUAUUUAGAUGCCGAAGAGGAAGAGGCUGCGAUGAUUAUCAUGACCCCCGAGGAUCUGGACGAGCAUCGUCAAGCAAGCCAGGGAAUAUUCGAGGGCGAUGAUGAUGGUGCAGAUGGGUUCAGGCGCAUCAAGCCGAAACCAAAUGCAAUGGUGAAAACAUAUACGCAUUGCGAGAUUCACCCAAGUAUGAUUCUCGGUAUUUGCGCUAGUAUUAUUCCAUUCCCAGAUCACAAUCAGUCUCCUCGUAACACAUACCAGUCCGCCAUGGGCAAACAGGCUAUGGGAGUUGCGAUUACGAAUUACGCUCUACGUAUGGAGACUAUGAUGAACGUACUCUACUAUCCUCAGAAACCGCUGGCUACAACACGGUCCAUGGAGUAUCUCAGAUUCCGAGAGCUUCCUGCUGGUCAAAACGCAAUUGUGGCUAUUGCCUGCUAUUCCGGUUACAACCAGGAAGAUUCCGUCAUCAUGAAUCAAAGCAGUAUCGACAGAGGUCUAUUCAGGAGUCUGUUCUAUCGGUCAUACACAGAACAGGAGAAACGCAUUGGUGUCAACGUUCUCGAGCAGUUCGAGAAGCCGACUCGUAGUGACACGCUCCGCAUGAAGGGUGGGACCUACGACAAGCUUGACGACGAUGGUGUCGUUGCACCCGGAGUUCGCGUGUCGGGAGACGAUGUGAUCAUUGGGAAGACAGCUCCUAUUCCUCCAGACGCCAACGAGUUAGGCCAGAAGACCGUCAUGCACACAAAGCGUGAUGUGUCUACACCGCUUCGACACACCGAAAACGGCAUCAUCGAUCAGGUGUUGUUCACUACCAAUACUGAGGGUCUCCGGUUUGUCAAAGUGCGCACGCGUACGACAAAGAUUCCACAGAUCGGUGAUAAAUUUGCUUCACGUCACGGUCAGAAGGGUACUAUUGGUAUCACGUACCGCCAAGAAGACAUGCCAUUCACUCGCGAGGGGCUCACUCCAGACAUCAUCAUCAACCCACACGCCAUUCCUUCUCGAAUGACGAUUGCCCAUUUGAUCGAGUGUCUGCUGUCAAAGGUUGGUUCGCUCCGUGGUGCCGAAGGAGACGCUACUCCUUUCACCGACGUCACGGUUCAGAGCGUCUCCGACAUUCUCCGCAAGCACGGUUACCAUAGUCGUGGCUUUGAGGUUAUGUAUCAGGGCCAUACUGGCAAAAAGAUGGUCGCUCAGGUUUUCCUUGGUCCCACCUAUUACCAGCGUCUGCGCCAUAUGGUCGACGACAAAAUCCACGCGCGUGCUAGAGGACCCCUCCAGAUUCUAACCCGACAGCCCGUCGAGGGUCGUGCCAGAGACGGUGGCCUGCGUUUCGGAGAGAUGGAACGUGAUUGCAUGAUUUCUCAUGGCGCAGCGGCCUUCUUGAAGGAGAGGCUGUUCGAGGUCUCGGAUGCAUAUCGCGUGCAUAUCUGUGAUAUCUGCGGGCUAAUGAGUCCGAUUGCUCAAAUCAAAAAAGGCCAAUACGAGUGCCGCCCCUGCCACAACAAGACCAAGAUCUCCCAGGUCCAGAUUCCGUACGCUGCGAAGCUGCUGUUCCAGGAACUGGCAAGUAUGAACAUCGCCGCGCGCAUGUUUACCACCCGCACUGGCAUCAGCGUGAGAGAUUGA